UGUUCUAACCCAACGGCCUUCACUUCAUUUUAGUUGCACAACAGCAACGGCUGUUGUUCAGCCGUUUUCAGACAAGACUUUUCUUUCCCUGCACGCAGCUUUCGACACACUUCUACCUACUUCGCUGAGCUGCUCCGACCUUUGAAAUCGCAGUCGUUGAUAGUAAGACGUGGUGAAGAUUUGAGUAGGUGGACCGUUGGCGAGAAGACCCGCAGUGCUCAGUGUGGUGUCACAAAAUUUCACAAAAUGGCGGAAACAAAGCGACAGCUUGGUCAGCAAGAGAAAGUAUAUCCAGAAGUUUUCGAUCUAAGGGCGAUGCCAAAACAGCCUGAGGAGAAGAAGCCUGGACAGUUACCCGACUCAAUGAUAAAACAAUUCUUUGAAGAGGGGUACGUAAUUGUCGACUCCUUUUUCCAAAAAGAAGAGCUGGACGCCUGCAGACUGGCAAUCGAGGCUAUAGUGGACGACCUGGCCCAAAUGCUCUACCGGGGAGGCAAGAUCAAAAAUCUGUACAAGGAAUACGGACUCUUUCAAAGGCUGACGCAUAUCGAGGAGGAAUUUCCUGGGGCAAAUAUUCUUCUUCAUAAACAGGGACAAUUACCACAGGCUUUCAAAGAUCUGUGGUCCAGCCCCCGCCUUCUAAAUGUGGUGGAGCAGAUGAUUGGACCUGACAUUAUGGGGCAUCCAGUCUGGAACCUUCGUACCAAAACCCCACAGAACGAGGCAACUACUGUGCCUUGGCACCAAGAUUCCGCCUACCUCGACAACCGCUCCUACGAAGUACUUCAGGUGACCGCUUGGAUCCCGCUGCUCGACGCCACGCGCGAGAACGGAUGCAUGGAAGUAGCCGCUCGAGGUCACCUGAAGGGAAAGGUCGCCACGCACCAGUGCUGUUGGGGUGGCACGUGGUACGUCAUGCUCGAAGAGCAGGAGAUGGAGGACACACUAGAUGUCGAUAUGAAGAAAGAUGUAGUACUGUGUCCGAUACCUUACGGUGGGAUGCUGCUCUUGAACAAUAUGGUGCCACACAGAAGUCUUGGGAAUAUUUCCAAUGACAUCCGCUGGAGCCUGGACUUAAGAUGGCAGACUCCGGAGAAAUCCGUGGGCUUCUACGACCUGAAGCAAGGAGUUCUAAUGAGAACCAAGGACAACCCGAACAUGACAGUCAACUGGGAAGAUUUCAACAAAAUAGACCGCCACGCAGAGGCCAGAGAAAAAGUCAGCAAAGCAUUCCCCCAAGAUGAAGUCGACGAGGAGUAUGACACCUACCAUCCAGGGUCCAUGGAUGUUUAAAUGGGAGAUGAUCCACAUGAACAGACACACCGAAAAGCUCAAAAAUGAAGAAACUUCCUGGCAUAAAAACUGAAGUCCUAAUGACAAAAGUGUUUUGUUAAAGAUCAUUAUGCCUCGUGAAGUAACGUGAGAUCGCAUUUUGCCUCAAAUUUUGGACGAUGAUUUAAAUUUCAGUUUUAUAAAUAUGUAUACUUUUCGUUCUUUGCGAACUAUUAAUUUAAUAUAUUUACCUGGAGUCUUGUCGGCAUAGGCUAUUCUUGAUACUUAAUCUUGCCAUACACACCCACCUCUUACACAUAUAGCACAUACACAAACAUGUAUAAUAUUGUAUUAUUUUAAAGUAUUUUGCUCGUUGUUAAUGCUUGUGAAACUUACAAGUUUCUGGAUUUAAAAUGUACAAUAAACACAUUGAAAUAUAACAAUGCAUUGCCAUCUCAAGUGUGUUUUGUCCACCACCAGGACCCCUUCAGGCAUGGUCGAUGUGACAUUUUAUUUUUUCAAUAAAGUACCAGUCCCAUGGGACGCUACCUA